GAGCAACAGCAUCUGAUCUAAAGUUCAAGGUACCGUGGACAGGUUGUGUUGGGGCGCAGCACUCAAUCAUUCAGCUCCACAAACGCUGACAGCUCUUUUUGUCUCUGAGAGGAUCUUCUGAAUUCUAAGACACCAUGGGUGAGUGGGGUUUUCUGUCAUCGCUGCUGAAUAAGGUCCAGACCCACUCCACUGUCGUGGGAAAAGUCUGGCUCAGUGUGCUUUUUAUCUUCAGGAUCAUGGUCCUCGGAGCUGGAGCUGAGAAGGUUUGGAGUGAUGAACAGUCCAAAAUGAUUUGCAACACCAAACAGCCUGGUUGUAAGAACGUCUGCUACGACUACGCAUUCCCAAUCUCACACAUUCGGUUCUGGGUCCUCCAGAUUAUCUUUGUCUCGACACCAACUCUCCUCUAUCUCGGUCACGUCAUCCACGUCAUUCACAAAGAGAAAAAACUGAGAGAAUACAUCCAAACCCACUCUGGUAGUGAAUUUGUCAAAGUUCCCAAGUACUCUGACGAAAAAGGCAAAGUCAGGAUUAAAGGCAAUCUGCUGGGAAACUACAUGACCUCCAUCUUUUUCAGAAUCGUUCUGGAGGUAGCGUUCAUAGUGGGGCAGUAUUAUCUGUAUGGGUUUGUCAUGGAACCACUAAUCGUCUGCUCCCGGGCCCCGUGUCCCUUCACCGUGGAGUGCUACAUGUCUCGGCCCACUGAGAAAACCAUCUUCAUCAUCUUCAUGCUGGUCAUGUCCUGCAUCUCUCUUGUGCUCAACGUGGCAGAGAUCUUCUAUCUGGCAUGUUGUCAAUCAUCCAGACGGAAAUCGAAAACUGUGCCGACGACAGCCAUCGCCAUUCAUCCCCGUUUCACCAGCGACAGCCUGAUGAAAAACGAGAAGCUUAGCCUCCAUGACUCCAGCACGGCCUAAAACUUCAGGUCUGUUCUGCAGAAUCUGAAAAACCCAAACAAUUUAAGAAGGAACUAACAGGGUUAGAUGUGUUAAUGGUGCACACUCGUGCCAUUAUACUGAGUUAUUUAUUUAUAAGAUGUGAAGUUUCUAAAAUGAGAUUUUUUUUUUUAAUAUCUGAAGUCGUAAAAUGUUCAAAAAGAUUCAUUGUGCAUUACAGUAACAAACAAGAACAUGCGGUGACACAAUUUCCCUGGAAAAAUGGUUAAGAACUAAACUUUUUGUUUUGUUUCUUGCUCUUUAUUUUGUACAUAAUGUUAUGUGGGCCAGUUGAAAAUACUGUUUUCCCAAAUAAGCGUGUUGCACGACUUUGCAUGAGUUUUCUG